AGUUUUUCAACAAGCAGGCCAGCCAGCACAGUCAAGCAAACAAAAAGGCAAACUAAUCGGCAAGAUGCAUCGUCUGAUAGCACGUGGAGCGGGCAGAAUUCUAGCAAAGUGCUGGUCCACUGGUCAUUCCAACAGAGCAUCUUUAUUGCCCUGCGCAUUCUUUGCCAGCCAGAAGAAACCGGAGGACUCCUGCCCCAAGUUGAGAUCCGAUCACUGUUCGGGAAACCUAGCGGAUGUUGUACAGAGCAUCCGCAAGCGGGUAGAUGUGGACUUUGGCUACCAUACAGUGCCGAAGCCGCGCGAUCAUCUCCUAAAGUACCAGCCAAAGCUGGAGGAACUGCCGACACGCAGCAUGCUGGACUCCCAUACCACGGUCGUGUUGCCUCUCAGCUCGGACGAGUAUAUACGGGAGCGGUAUGUCAAUCAUUUGGGUAGGGUACGCAUGGGACGCGUCAUGGAGGAGCUGGAUAUGUUCGCCGUGUGGCUGUGCCACCGCCAUGUGCUGCUGCCCAAUCUCCCAGAGGAUGUGCCGCUGCCCUAUACAUUUGUCACGCUGCUCGUGGACAAGGUGGAGUUCAGCAACAUUGAGCGCCUCAAGGCCAAUCAUGACAUACACCUGAGUGGGCACAUUAGCUGGACGGGCCGCAGCUCCAUGGAGAUCACCAUCUUUGUGCAGCAGCUGGCGGACGGCGAGUACAUCGAUGUGACCAAAGCCCUCUUCCUGAUGGUGGCUCGCAAUGCCAACAACACGGGCUCGGCGCCCGUUAAUCCCCUGAAGCCCGGCGACGAGACGGAGCAGGCCAUCUGGAAGGAGGCCGCGAAGCGGCAGAAGCAACGCCGUACAGCGCAUACCGAAUCGGUGCUCAACUCUCCGCCGCGCGAGCACGAGCAGGCCAUUAUGUACAACCUGCUCAAGCGCACCACCAUACCGGACAACAUGGAUCUCAAUCGACGCAUCCUGCCCCCCAAGUGCCGAUGGAUGCAGGACUCGCAGCAAACCACCAUGAUAUCCCCAUUCCCAGAGAAUCGCAACGCACAGAACACCAUCUUCGGGGGCUACAUUAUGCGGCAGGCCGUCGAGAUCAGCUUCAUCAUGGCCAGCAUCUAUCUGCGCGGCCGUCCCAUACUCCAGUGCAUCUCGGACAUUAGCUUCCUCAGCCCCGUGAAGGUGAACACGUUCCUGCAGAUGACCGCCUAUGUGGUGUACACGAACAAGAACUACGUGCAGCUGAUGACGGUGGCCCACAUCUGGGAUGUGCAGAGUGGCGAGGACAGGACCACGAAUAUCUUCUACCUCACCUACAAGGCUGACAAGAUUGUGGACGAGGUGCUGCCGCGUUCGUAUCGCGAAAUGCUCUGGUAUGUCCAUGGCAGACGAAAGCUACUGGCGGCCCUUAAGCUGGAGCCGGAGUACCCAGAUGAUCCCAAGGAGACCGAAGCCGAUGAAAAGAAAGCGGACACUGAAAAUAAAUGAGACGCGCUUAGUUUCUUUCAUACCUCGA